UCAGGCCCAGGAGCGGACGGUUCCUACUGCGGCUGGGCACCGGCUCGGCUCCCGCGUCGGCCCGCGCUCCAGCUGCGCCCGGCCCGGCCCCGGCCCGGCUCGGCCCGGCCCCGGCCUCGGAGCGAAGGCGCCGCUGCCGCUGGGCCGCUCCCAAGGCCAUGAGGAGGCGGCGGCAGCCACUGCGGCCCGCGUCAAGGUGACCGGCCGGGACUGCGGCGGCGGCGGCGAGAGCGGCGGAAUUCUCCAGACAGGUUAUGUCACCGGCAGAGGCUGCCCUGAAGCUCCCUGCAGCCUGGAGACUAUGUAUAAGAGGAAUGGUCUGAUGGCUAGCGUGUUGGUCACCUCCGCCACUCCGCAGGGCAGCAGCAGCUCGGACUCUCUGGAGGGCCAGAGCUGCGACUAUGCCAGCAAGAGCUACGACGCCGUUGUCUUCGACGUCUUGAAAGUGACCCCAGAGGAGUUUGCUAGCCAGAUUACAUUAAUGGACAUACCCGUGUUUAAAGCCAUCCAGCCGGAGGAACUAGCCAGCUGUGGAUGGAGUAAGAAGGAGAAACACAGCCUCGCCCCCAACGUCGUGGCCUUUACCCGGAGGUUUAACCAGGUCAGUUUUUGGGUUGUACGAGAAAUUCUAACAGCACAGACUUUAAAAAUAAGGGCAGAAAUCCUGAGCCAUUUUGUGAAAAUAGCCAAGAAACUUCUAGAACUCAACAACCUUCAUUCUCUCAUGUCUGUGGUGUCAGCAUUACAAAGUGCUCCCAUCUUCAGGCUGACAAAAACCUGGGCUCUUUUGAAUCGAAAAGACAAGACCACCUUUGAGAAAUUGGACUAUCUGAUGUCUAAAGAAGAUAAUUACAAGCGGACUCGGGAAUAUAUCCGAAGCCUGAAGAUGGUUCCCAGUAUUCCCUAUCUAGGGAUCUAUCUUCUGGAUUUAAUCUACAUUGAUUCUGCAUAUCCUGCCUCAGGCAGCAUCAUGGAAAAUGAACAGAGAUCCAAUCAGAUGAACAAUAUUCUCCGAAUAAUUGCUGAUUUACAAGUUUCCUGUAGCUACGAUCACCUCACCACCCUGCCCCACGUGCAGAAGUACCUGAAGUCCGUACGCUACAUUGAAGAGCUCCAGAAGUUUGUGGAAGAUGACAACUACAAACUGUCACUCAGAAUCGAACCAGGAAGCAGCUCUCCGAGACUAGUCUCUUCCAAGGAAGAUCUUGCAGGCCCCUCUGCUGGGUCCGGUUCUGCGAGGUUCAGUCGGAGGCCCACCUGUCCUGAUGCGUCGGUUGCCGGCAGCCUCCCCACACCUCCCGUCCCCAGACACAGGAAGAGCCACAGCCUGGGCAACAAUAUGAUGUGUCAGUUGAGUGUAGUUGAGAGUAAAAGUGCGACAUUCCCAUCGGAGAAAGCGAGGCAUCUACUGGACGACAGUGUCCUAGAGUCCCGCAGCCCCCGCAGGGGCCUCACCCUCACCUCCUCCUCUGCUGUCACCAAUGGACUCUCCCUAGGCAGUAGUGAGAGCUCAGAGUUUAGUGAAGAGAUGUCUUCAGGGCUGGAAAGCAGGGGACGUCUCUAUGCCACGCUGGGGCCCAACUGGCGAGUUCCAGUUCAGAAUUCUCCCAGAACCCGGAGCUGCGUCUACAGCCCCACCGGCCCGUGCAUCUGUACUCUGGGGAGCGCAGCAGCAGUGCCCACCAUGGAAGGGCCUCUGAGGAGGAAAACCCUGCUCAAGGAAGGCCGGAAGCCCGCGCUGUCCUCAUGGACCAGGUACUGGGUCAUACUCUCAGGAUCCACCCUCCUGUACUACGGAGCCAAGUCCUUGCGGGGCACAGAUAGAAAACACUAUAAAUCCACACCCGGCAAAAAGGUCUCCAUCGUGGGCUGGAUGGUGCAGCUGCCUGACGACCCCGAGCACCCAGACAUCUUCCAGCUGAAUAACCCUGACAAAGGCAAUGUUUACAAGUUUCAGACUGGUUCCCGGUUCCAUGCAAUACUGUGGCACAAGCAUUUGGACGAUGCAUGUAAAAGCAACAGGCCUCAGGAAAUGCCACAGAAACAUCCACUGGGGGACAGUUAGGAGGCAGGUGUGAUAUCACCCCAGGAUCAGGCUCCAGCAUCUAUUUAGAUCAUCCCCCCAAAAGGUACCUGCAAACCUUAUGUCAUUUGAGUAAGUCUCUGCAGGACGUGGCGUGACUUCAGAGGCUUCUGGGAGCCCGGGCUGGGCCUGGUGGAGAAGAGCAGUCCUGGGCACAGGCUGUGGGCCAGGGUGCCAGGAGACUCACAGCCGGACUCAGGGGACACGGCCUGUGGCCUCACAGUCCCAGAGGGCUCCACCAGUGUGGGAUCCACCUGUCAAGCCCCAGCGACUCUCAUGGCACUCAUUCUGCAGCACCACCUCUUGGGGCGGUGUUCGGACCCCAAACUGUACAUCCCGCCCUCCCUCUCUGGGCCCCCAUCUGUCCACCAGCUGCUUCUGCGACUAGAAAGCAUUCGGCCCAUGUUGGGUUCUCAGUGCUUUCUACUGCACAAAGAGUGGACGGUGUUAACCUGCGGAAGGGGCCCGAGAGAAAGAACAGGCUGUGGAACAGGCUUUCUACACCCCAAGUGCACGGGGUCGCUCGCCCACAGGGCUGCCUCAGAUUUUGUACAACCCCCGAAGCAUCCUCUGCGUGUGCGUGCGAGUGAGUGUGAACUCUUUGAGAAACAUGCAUUUUGGCACAAGACUUGCGACAUCACACACUUCAUUCGCUUUGAGGCCCUGCUUUAACCUUAGGUUAUAGCCUUGUCCGCCAAGGAAGGUGAGAGUGAGAGCCCAGAUCCCUCCUGUGUUAAGGGUCCCUUGCAUUCUUUUACUGUAAACAAACAAUGCCUUAAAUUGUGUCUUGUUUUCUGUUCCUACGGGUGCUAUUCAUCUGGAAGGCCUGCUCCCUGGGCCCCUGGGUCCCUUCCAGGCCUUGUUGCUGUCAGCCCUUCUGAGAUAGGACCCGGCUAAGCCCUGGCCUGCUUGCUUCCUCCCAUCCCGUCUCCUGGCAGGGCCUGGGGCCCUUCUCUUCUCACCCCCUCCCACCAUGCCAGAAUGGGCAGUUGUGACACUUCCUCCCAGCUCCCCUCAGAAGCAGCAUCGGAGGCCGCCGUUCUCCCGGUGAUCAGCUGUGCAGAAGCCACUUGGCACCAUCCUCUCCCCGCAGGGCAAAGCUUUUGCUCCCAUCAUCUCACUCCUUUGCCUCCACUGCCAGGGCAGCACCCACCGAGGUUCCUGAUCACGAUGGGGAGCUGAGUGACACUGAGGCCUUAAGCUCCCCCAGUCUUGCCCCCAAAUGCAGUCACCAGCAAGUUCUCCAUUAUCCAAGUCCAAGGGCACAAUUGUUGAUGACCAUGUGACAAGAGAGCAAAGCCCUGGGGAGCGAAACGUCCAACCUCUGCGUUCAGUUAGGAGCUCUUCACACCAACAACGUCCUAUGUGUCACCUUUUAUCACAUCUUAAAGUGAUUUUUAUUUUGCACAAGUACAUUUUCAUUCAAAAUAAUGAAUUACUCUAUAUCACAAUACCUUCUCCCCCAACCCCUCUUUAAUUUGGAUAUCCUAAUUCUGAGAAGGAAACCCUUAAACAGUUUUCUGAAAGAGACUGAAUUUCUGGGUCCUGGUUGCUAAUGAUUUCAGAGUUCACACUGAUCAGGCAUCACAUUACCCUGAAGGGUUUCUGGGCUAGAUGCUUCCAAACAGCAUCUAAGCCAUUAAACUGUAAUAGGUCAAUUUAAAAAUGACCAAAGACCUACCACUGUACUUUGAUCAAACAGUAGCAGCUUCUCUGAAAAUUUGAAUGAAUUGGUAAAGAAAGCAGUUUUCAGCGGGUUUCAUUUUGUGGUUGGGCCUUACUGUGCUCAGUAACUAAUCUUCCUUUUGAACAAAGACUAGAAUAUUUUCAUGCCAGGAGAAACUCCAGAUGAUAAAGUUGAUGCCAUCAAACCUUGACAAUAGGUGCUUUGCACACCCACCCUGGAUGUGUGCACCUAAUUCUACCAAUGACUAUUCAAAUCAGCAUCUCGAGGCUGAAUGACAGCCCCAAAUACACCAGACACCUCUGACCAGAACCAUGCAGUGUUAACAUUUUAACCUACGUUGAAUCUAAUUCUACUUGCUACCUUUUAAAAAAAAAUCCUUAAGUUUGGAUGAAAGUGAAAGACUGGAACAUCAGCUACUUAUUUUCCUUGGGUUUCUUCACUCUUCAAAAUGUCCUCAUUUUUCACACAUGAAAUAUUAUAGAUGCCAAUCCAAAACCCGAGAAUUUCAGGCACCACUAAAUCAAAUAAUUUUCUGCCUGUUACACGUUUUUCUUAUCUUUCACAAAUGUUUUCUUCUGAGCCUAACUUGAAAUAACACCAUCACACUUCUUUUCAAAGUGUUUGGUCUUCUUGCUGAUUGAGUCUGAUCCUACAUCCCCUCCCGGGAACAUUCUUAGCUUGGACUCUUGAAGAAUCUCUUUAGACUUUGUUGGCGCAAGCCUAGUAGAACUUUUAAGAGCUCUGAACACACCAGAAGGGUCCUGGAGAUGGUGCUGGAAGAUACUCAGCUCUCUAAGCAGGGGCUUGGGGCCAAGCGUGUGAGUUAAGUGCUCAUUGUCUUCCUAGUAUUGGCUUGUCCCUCAAGCCACAGAUGAGGUGGCCUGCAUGCCUGGGACCAAGGAAGCCAGGCACAAACUGAAAGUCCAUGUGUGGAUUCUAACCCUGGAGGGAAGCGUAUCUGUUCUCUUCUCCUUGACUGUCCGUACUGCACAAAUGUUUGUGAAGCCAUUGAAGGUAUUAUGUCCUGCAUGCAUAUGCUGUAUUUUUUUUUUUUAAUGCAAACAGAUCAUGGAAGCCCAGAUCAAUUUGUAGAAAGCUGUCUACAAACUUGAAGUAGGUGGCUGGUAACAUUAUGAUGUUCCAAAAGCAACUCUCUCACCUCUCCCUGGGAAUAAAUAUUUCUCCUCUCAGUGGAAUAUGAUUUAUAACUCAAGGUUAGUCAAGUGCAUUCUGGCAACUGAAAUACUUCAUGGAGGACUGACUUGGAGGAGAGCAGUAGAAUGAUCUGAGUGCGCCCAGUGAGAGAGUGCAGCUUGCCCUGACUAGAAGUCCGUUCAGCACCCUGUCAGACUGUGAAACCUGAGAAAGUCUAUACUUUAAGGGAUUCUGUUUAGGAAAGAACCCACUUUCUCUUGCCAACUGAAUUUAUAAAGCAUUUUUUUUCUUACCAAGAUGGCCAGUAUUUCUUUCAUCAUCUUACCCCCACCUCCCAAGAGAUGUAUCUUUUAGGAUGCCCCUUUACAGAUGGAAACGGUCCGUGAACAUGGGAAGCCAUUUGCAAGGAACAUAUGCUCUAUUCUUUGGGCGGGGGCCAGAGCUCAUCACCCACAUUGCUGAUGCUUGUAACUACCAGGAGAACAUUGCCAAAAACUCAGCCUUCUUUUUUGUGACCCCACAAAUAACUUAAAUCAGCUGUACAUCAUAUUGACAUGUUGAGUGAUUUCAUAUUUACAGAAGAAAAAAACUACAAGAGACACUUUGAAAAAUCAGAUUCUCUGCAUAAGGCCACCCAUUCACUCAUUUAUUCAUUGACAUCGCUAGCAAGUGCUUCCAAUGUGCCAGGCUCAACCUGGGACAUGAAUGGCUGAGAACAAGACAGAUUUCCAUCUCUGCCCUCAUGGAGCUGACCACAAAACGAACAAAUAAUCCCCAGUGCGCACAUCUUGGGCAAGAUCCCGCCUCUCUCCUAGUCCUGAAUACAAACCCUGUGCACAGAUUCCUCCAGAAAUGUUUCAGAAGUCUUGACAGACUGAACAGCCUCUUGAUCUGCAAGUUCAGUUGCAGUGAGGACUAGCUGGAGUCACUGUUCUAGCAGCUGGUUGGCUGCGUAUGCUGAGGACUCCGCAGGUGGAGUGAGAGUUGGGUCAGAAUGUCCACAGUGCAAACACAAUAUGAGUGAGAGCUGCUUUUUCUUGGGUGUUGAGAACUUGUACCAUGGACUUGAGACCACCUUGCAGCCCUAUGCUGCAUAGGCUUGUGUACCCCACGGGCAGCCUCGAAACCCUGCUUACAGCAGCAACACAAUAGAUCAUCUGUUCGUUUUAUAACCAUUCAUCUCUUUAUCCAUUUCUGAAUGACUGUGACCAUUCAGUGAUGAAAUAAUAGUAAUUAAUUUAUUAGUAUGGUAUAACCUUUAAUAAAUCUCGUGCCAAAAUGCAUGGUUUUCCACUUAGCUUUCAAAAUGUUGCAUAGAGAAUAGUUUUCAAUUUCUUAUGUAUUCUUCAAAGUAAGUUGAAAAUCACUUUCUACAUUUUAAUUCGUUUCUUGUUAAAUCUGUUGCAUUCUCCUGGGCUGUCUUUUUUUCCAGCAGACCCCUGCAUGCAGUUGUGUAAGGACUUUCUCUAAUUCUUGUGAAUUGUCUCACCCGCAAUAACCACUGAACAUCAGCCCUUUGUGGGAUUCUUUAGAUUUUUGGUGAAGUAUUUUGUUACCUCAGUCUUGUAUCAAGUUGCUGUAUUUUUCAGCUUGUUACAUUGAUAAUAAUUGUUUCACUAAUUAAAUACUUUAAUGUACAAACAUCUUUGUUUACUUUGAAAUUAAAUGUGUUUUCCAAUGAA